AUGGGGUGUUCUGCAGAACUGCUAGUAGGUAUACCUUGUGGUCUUUUGCUUCAUGAAUAUGUUCAUCCUGGACCGAUCAUAGAUGAAAUUAUCCUCAGUUAUGUAGUAAGUAUACUGCAGUCUUUAGGAAAUUCUGAUGCAGUGGCUGAUGCUUUUGAUGUGGAUCAGUUCAUUGAGAUGAUGGCUGCAUAUAUUCCAGCAUUUAGUUCAAUUAACAGUGCAGCCAUUUGUGAGUGGAUGUUUGAGUUUGCAAGAAAACUGGCAUCUUCAGGCAAAGGCUCGAAAUUGAAUGUUCCACACAAAUUUUGGACAGCUGAAACUCAAAAUGAGCUUUCACAUGGAAAAAAUGAAGAUAUUUCACUACCAUGUGAAAACCAUAUACCAUCUUCAAUAGUUUUUCCUGGGAAUUACAAAUAUUGCCAUUCUCGUAAUAGCAGUGGUUCCAGUCAGAGUUGUUCUUCAGUAGGCAGCUCCAGUAACUGCUAUCCCAGCUUUUCUAGCCAAUCACGAUCUAGAAACACUAGUAAUUCUAGCCAGUCAGAAGAAGACUUUUUCUGCAGUAAUGCCAUGGAUGACCAAACUGACAUAUCACAACAUAUUCAAGUUCUUACAGAAAUGUUUCCUAACACUUGUACACUGGAAAUUCAACACUGUGUUAGUGUUUCUUAUGGUGACUGCCAGAAAGCAGCACAGUUGCUUCUUCAACGGCAAGAAACAGAUGAAAGUUUGACAGGUCCUCUGCCAAAAGUUUCAAAAAAUAAGCCUUCUCGCCGUGGAGCCACAGAGAAUAUUUUGGAUGACAAAGAAUUGAGACAGCAGAUUCUUAGCAGGUAUGGCUAUAUAGAUCAAGAUGAUGAUAUACGAGAGCACAGACCAGUAGCACCUAAAACUGAGCCCAAAAAGUUGAUUCGCUACCGUGACAACAAGAUAGUCAGCAUCAAAGGAGAGAGAUAUUCCGAUAUAAAAAAAGAAGAACCUGAUGAAGUGAAACCAGCACGUCAACAUCGAUUUCAGUAGGUUUUUAGUAUGGAAGACAUGUAACAGCAGAGCAACAAGUUUGUCUUAUUUUGCCAGUCGAGUUUAAAAAACAUUGUUGUCCUUGGCAUUAGACCAACAAGAUAAAUUGCAUUAUUACUGUAUUUUGAGUCUUGUGACAAAAACAUACAGUAACUUAGUUUCUUAAUAAGCAGAGGUCAGUUGGAAAAAUUCAGGAUUAUACAGUGUGUUUUCACUUUGGUUUUAUAUAUAUCAAAGCCUUUUGACAUCUAUAAUCAUUUCAUCCUAGCUUGUGAAUUGGCUAACAGAAUAUUUGUAGCCAGUAAACUGACUUAUGUAUUUUGUUUACAUUUGAUUCAGUUUUGCAAUUUUUGUGAUAUAAUGGUAAUAUGUUUCAGCUGUUUUUCAGAUUAGCUUUCUUUAAAUCUCUGCAUACACAUUAGGUUGUAAAAUCUACAAAACUUGUUUGUUUCCAUUCAUCAACUAAUCAUGUAUUAUUGAAUAAUACUUAGUUUUCAUAAACAUAAUUAAUCAUUUUUAAAUUUGAAUUGAAAGCUUCCAAAUAUAACUUUUUUCACAGAUAAGCAUGAAAAUUGCUCAAAUCAUUUCACUUGAUUUUAAUGUCAGCAAAUUUAUAUUUUAUGGUUCCAAACCUAAUUACUUAAGUGGAAAGCAUUAGAGUUUCUGCACUAUAGUCUCAUUAGCUUUGAAUGUUCUCAACCAGUCAUGAGAACUUGUGUUAUAUAAAUUGUUUGUAAAAAAUACUUCAGACUUAAUCUAUUUCAGUUAAUCUUGUAUCUAAACAAUUUAAAGGUUUUUGAACUAUUAUGAAUUUAAACUAUAAUUUUUAUUCCUUUUUUUGUUGUUGUUGUAAAUCACAUAGUAAACCCUGUUCUUAAUGAUUUGUGAUUCACACAUCCACCACAAAGUUUUCAGAAGGUAAAAUAACCUUCUUGUUUACUAACUUCUCUGUAGCCUCUACUGUGUUGAAUAAAAUAUCUAGAUUUAACAGGCUUUUUUAUUUAACCAUAAGAUUCCAGUCUUCACAAGAUGAUGGGUAGACUUAAAUUGAGGUUAGAAAAAACUAGUAUAUGGUAAACAGCCUGUUAAAUUUGUCUAUUUCCUUGAAAUCUGCUCACAUACAACAAUGUUUCUGAAGCAACAGCAUAUUGAAAAAGUAAUAUGCCUAUGUACAUUUAGCACCAUAAGAUUUACUUGAAUACUAGCAUUUUCUUUUACUCCAAACAUUCUUUAAUUAUUAUAAAUAUGCAGUAAAACAUCCUUCUCAAGCUAUAACAUGUUAUGCUUAGCAGAUAACCUGCAAUAUUGACAAUUGUACAGUUGGUUUUAUAGCAAGAGUUUACAUUAAUUUAACAAACGUUUUCACAGUCUUAGAAAUUAUGUUUAAAGAAUGUAUUGUCAAGUUCUAACAAGCUUAUGUACAUUUAACUAAACUACAACAUGCAACAUUCUGGUUGAAAGACACCAUCCAAGAACAUUUGAUUGGAAAAGUGUAUUAAAUUGUAUUUUAGAAUUUUGUUUCUGUGAUUAUCAGACUUUAAACUUGAUGCUCAUCUUUGUAAUAAGAAUUGGUGGCACUUGUUGAUUGAAAGAAGCUGAAAAUUUUGUUUGUACAAAUUGUAACUAUAAGUAUAUUUUAUUUUUCAUAUAAUGCCAUUAUUUAUCAGUUCAUGUGGUGAUAGUAACUUUAGUACAUUAGUAUAGAACAUUGCAACGUACAUGUAUCCAAAAUACAUAUAAGGAGAGCUACUUUUAUCAUCAGAAGUAAAAGCAGUUGCAUAUCAGUGCAAAGCAGGUGUAUUUCAGUUCCACAACAAAGUGUGUUUUUAAUUACCACUUUAUCCAGUACUGGUUAUCUCGAAUUUAAACAAGGUAUGUGUAGGACAUGAUUAUGAAGAGAUGCCAGUCACAGUAGUUCUAUAGAAAAUUAUGGCUAGCUUACAUGAGCAACUAGAGAGUUUAAGACUAUUCAUUACCAUCAGGUGUGUUAUAAUUUAUAUUACAUAUGUUAAGUGUAAAACUUUAUAUACUGUAAAACACUUUCAAAUUGAAUGUGGAUAUUUAGUGUGUAAAAAAUAAUAUGUAAUAGCCAAAUUUCAAAUUUUUUAAUAUUUGGUUACAAUUUACGGCUUUGUUAAAUAUUAUAGAAGAAGGGCAGUACACACAUGUACAUCUUAUUUUAGACUUAACAAUUAUGUAUAUCGACAAAAUAUCCUUUUGUCUCAGUUAUGUACUGGUACUGUUAUAUGUUAGAUGAUGUAUUACAUAGUUAGCUCUAUAAAUAUGCAUAUAUAUCAAGGCCUAGAAAUUACAUUAGGAUAACUAUAGUUGUUAACAAAUAGUUUAACCUUAAUUUCUAUCCCUUGUAUUUUAAUAGCAGUUUAAAAUGUUUAGUUAGGAUGUACAUUUCAAAUUAUGUUAUAUACAAUUGUGAACUGUAUCACUUUUACAGGUCUUCUACAAGUAAUUGAAGGUUAACGAAUGAAAAGCUUUAGUUAUUGAAAUUGUAGUCUUAGGAUCUUCAUUAUGUUUACUUGUAAUUAUGUUGUGUAUUAUAUUUUUUCUUAUUGUAAAUUAUCAUUUUCCAUUUAUUUUUCUUUAGUAUUUUAACUCAUUUAUACUUCUUUAUGUCACUGAAAUUUUCAAAAAAUGUCUACAUGUAUUUGUUGUACAGACAAAAAUGGUAUUUCGUCUGCUAUAAAUUUUUUUCUCUUGUAUUUAUUUAUUUACAUAUGUCUAGAUAUUCUUAAAUGUUUUUUGUUUUUUUUUCUAUUUAUAGAAGUAUUUUGUACAUAAAAGAAAUGAUUUUUAGUACAAUUGAAAUUGUAUGAAAAGUAAUGUUAACGUGUAUUUAACUGUGAAUCCUUACUGGACUUGAAAAUUGUCUGUUCUUUUUAAAUUGCAUAGAUUCCCAAACAAUUAGAAUAUAAACAAUUUUGCAUUUAAUGGUCAGAGAUCUAUUCUUUAGUAGGAAGCUAGUUAAAAACAUUUGGCAAGUGCACUUUAAAAAGGUAAAAAAAAAUACUGUUUAAAAAAAAAGUACACAGAAUGUUUGUAAAACAUUUUAUCUGUGUUGUACUUUUUAUAUUUGAUAUAACUUCUUAUUCAUAUCUAUUUGUAAUUAUUAUGUUUAAUGAAAAUAGCCAGAAACUAAUUAUUUACAAUUGAAUCAUAAAAGGUAUAAAAUUUUCCAGUUUCAAAAUUUAAUUCUGUGUUUAAACUUACUAAAGCCCCAUAUUAUAGCAUUACAUAAGAAUCAUUUGAAAUGUGAAUGGAAAUCAAAAAGAUUGACACACCACGUCAAAAUAUAUACAACAAAGGUGGAUUAUACAAAGUAAAUGAAGAAAUUGAAAAUACAUUCCCAAACAAGUAUUAUGUCGGCUUAAUUAUGAAAACAUUAAGCAUAUGAAAUUGAAAAGUAAAGAAACUUGAAAAAUCUACAAAAGUUUUUAAACAUUAAUUUAUAUUCUGCUUUUUAAAUUUUGACUUCAUGUGUCAAGCCAUUAUUUUUAGCUCUGUUAAACUUCCUUCAUAGUUCACCGUACUUAAUAAAGUUAUUUCUUUUAGUGCACAAUGUAAAAACAUGCACUUUUAUGUUGUAAAUAAUCUACAGUUUCCUCAUUGAAUCUUUUAAGAACAAUUUUUACUGUGUUUAAAAGGUUUGUAGUUUCAAACAUCUGAUUUUUAGUCUACAUGUAUUUAUUGUAUUUGACAUUAAAUGUUUUCCAUUCAUGA